AUGCUGGAUUCUUUCGAGAUAUUAACCACAUCGGGUGUCGUCGUCUGGUCGCGCACAUACUCCGCCAUAAAUCCUUCCAUCAUCAACAACUUCAUCGCAGAUACCUUUAUCGAGGAGAAGAGUGGCGCUAUCGCCCUCGGCGACUCCAAAUCAGCCGCCGUUAACCCUGCAUACAAGAGCGACCAACACACUCUCAAGUGGACUUUGGUCAAGGAAUUGGGCGUAAUUUUUGUCGCUGUCUACAGAUCCCUCCUCCAUCUGUCAUGGGUUGACAAGCUCGUCGAUAAUAUCAAGACUAUCUUUGUCAAGCUCUACGGUGAACAAUUAACCAAGCCGCAUACCACCCUCAUCGAAUGCCAUACCUUUGAUGAAUACUUCGACGUGCAGCUCGAGGAGCUUGACCAGACCAGUAACAAGGGUCCCUCAACCACCAUCACAGCCGGCGCAAUCCCGCUAGAAGAAGAAAGCAUCUCAGAGAACAUCGGCGACGGCCCUCCUGCUGCGCCAGGUCUUACCUACCGAGGGCGCCAUCUCAAUGGGCCCCAAGAAAUACUCUCGGCUGAUGAGUCUACCCCUGCACUGACACCGAACGGAUCACGACCAGGUACACCAAGCAACCAUCUGCUUGUCGCAAAGGGUGGCCCUAUCGCAAAGAUCUCUCGGCGCGCACGUAAAGUGAAGAACCAGACAUCAGCCCCCGCCUCAUCCGGAGACGAAGCACCCCGAAAGAAGAAGACAGUCGUGAAAAAGGGGCGCAAGUGGGACGCCGAUGGUUUUGCGGAUGAGGAGGAUGAUGUGCAGCUCGAUUACUCUGCGAAGCAUGCCACCAGUGACUCCGAGGCCGAAGCAACUGGGCGAUCAACAGCCGUGGACGAGAUCGAUUCCAACACAUGGGGCUCAACAUCAAAGGGCAAGUUCGUGCUGAAGGAUCUGGGUGACGAAGUGCACGAAAUUCUAGCGUCAGAGGCAGAGAAGGCGGCGGAAGCAAAGACACAAUCCAAAUCUGGCCUCUUGGGAUCUGGCGUGAGCGCUAUUAGCGGUCUCUUCCGAAAUGUUGUUGGAGGCAAGACCUUGACCAAGGAGGAUCUUGACAAGGCCAUGAAGGGCAUGGAGGAGCAUUUGCUACAGAAGAACGUCGCCCGAGAGGCUGCCGUUCGACUAUGCGAAGGUGUCGAGAAGGAAUUGCUCGGUGUAAAGACCGGCAGUUUCGAAAGUAUCAACGCCAGAAUUCAAGCCGCUAUGGAGGCUUCACUAACAAAGAUGCUCACCCCUACAUCAUCUCUCGACCUGCUCCGCGACAUCGACGCUAUUACUGCUCCUCCAGUGACAUCUCUCCGCAAGGCUCGUCCUUACGUCAUGUCCAUUGUCGGUGUCAACGGCGUUGGCAAGUCUACCAACCUGUCCAAGAUCUGUUUCUUCCUCCUCCAGAACAAGUACAAGGUCCUCAUCGCCGCUGGCGACACUUUCCGUUCAGGCGCUGUCGAACAACUUGCGGUUCACGUCCGUAACCUUAAAGAGUUGACUGCUCGUGAGGGUGGUCGUGUCGAGCUCUACCAAAAGGGCUAUGGCAAGGAUGCUGCCACUGUCGCAAAGGAUGCAGUCACCCAUGCCGCGCAGGAGGGCUAUGACGUUGUUCUUAUCGACACAGCUGGUAGAAGACACAACGACCAGCGUCUAAUGUCUUCUCUCGAAAAGUUUGCCAAGUUCGCCCAGCCUGACAAGAUUCUCAUGGUUGGAGAGGCUCUUGUAGGCACUGACUCGGUCGCUCAAGCUCGCAACUUCAACGCAGCCUUCGGCGCUGUCCGCACACUCGAUGGCUUCAUCAUUUCCAAGUGCGACACCGUUGGCGACAUGGUCGGUACUCUUGUCAGUCUUGUUCACGCAACCAACGUUCCUGUGCUUUUUGUUGGUGUUGGUCAGCACUAUUCAGAUCUGCGCAACUUCUCUGUAAAAUGGGCCGUAGAGAAACUUCUCAGCAGUAACUAA